UCGAUGGCAAAUCUUCAUCGUGAAGUCCUAUUUCAUUCCGCGUGUAUAAUUUAGUCUGCGAUCGCGAAUCCAGACCAAUUUCCACUCGUGUGAAUCCGUGAGACAAAAUUCUUUGUCGAAUCUGGUUCUACGUAUUGGAGGCAUAAACAUAAACAUAAUUCCACUCGAUAGCAGUAGCGAAGAAGGCUGUUGUGCGCACGAAGCCAAACGUCAUUCGUCCUGGUGUGAAUGUGUUAGUAUACCAGGUAGAAGUGUGACGGACGGAUCUGUCAAAGCUCGACGAUUACCUCUGUUUCAAGCGAAAAAAUUCUCUAGUGAUUUUAGCUUGUGAUUGCCGAUUCUAAACAUAAAACUAAGUGCAAAGUGUUGUGAAAGUUGAUUUGAAAGUCGUUUGUACGAGUGCAAACACACUCCAUCUCCUCCCAGUGCGUUUUUAGGGUAUCCCGCAAGCCAUCAGCGCCACAACAAACAAGCAGCAGCAGCAGCAGCCAACACCAAGGAACCAUCAUCUCCAUCAUCGCAGACGUCGGAUCCAAACAGGAACCGGAAUUAUUAUUAGUUGCCUUUCCCCAGCCUACCCUCCCUCAUCCAUUCCCGCGGCGUUGUGUGCCCCUCCCCAGCCCUCCGCAGGUGUGGUGAGGAGGCACUGCACCAACAUUCGGCGUGAUGGCGUGCCUGAAUACGCUGAAGCUGGAAAUCAAAACGCUCGAGCAGGUCUUCCCGAAGAACCAUGAACGGUUCCAGAUCCUUAGCGCCACGGUGGACGAACUGAGCUGCCGCUUCAUCGGCCGCAACGGCAAACAAUACGUAAUCCAUGCCAACAUUACGGAAACAUACCCAUCCACACCACCAGUAUGGUUCGCCGAGAGUGAGGACACGAGCAUCAGUAACGCCGUGCAAAUACUUACGAAUACGAACGGACUAGAUAAUCAUGUUAUAAAUCAGGUUCAUAUACUGCUACGGGAGCUCUGCCGGCAGCAUACGGUUCCACUACCUCCCGAUCUGGAGACGCUCAAAAAGGCCUUCCAACCUAAUGGUGGUGCCGCCGGCCAGCUCCAACAUCCGGCCGCCCACCACCAGCAGCAGCACGGCAUGUCACCUCAGCAGCUCCUUCCGGCGCUCCAGCAGCAACAACACCAGGAGCUGCAGAUGCAGCAACAACAGCCGAUCGAAGAGAUCGACUCCGACUGUGAUGAUAUAGAGGAUGUCGUGGGCGAGAGUGAUCAGGAGAGCGAAGGCGAAGAGGAUCUUCCCCUCGAAAUGGACGAUGGUCGCAGUACAGCUAAGAAAGACGAAAUGGAAGUGGAACAUUUAGCCACACUAGAAAGAUUAAGACAAACACAACGGCAAGACUAUUUGAAGGGGUCAGUUUCCGGCUCGGUGCAAGCGACGGAUCGACUGAUGAAGGAACUGCGAGACAUUUAUCGGUCAGACUCGUUCAAGAAUAACAUGUACUCUAUCGAGCUGGUGAACGAUUCGAUCUACGAGUGGAAUAUUCGACUGAUGUCAGUUGACCCGGACAGCCCACUGCACAACGAUCUGAUCCUGCUGAAGGAGCGCGAGGGCAAGGACAGCAUACUGCUCAACAUUAUGUUCAAAGAAUCGUACCCCUUCGAGCCACCGUUCGUACGCGUCGUACAUCCGAUCAUAUCCGGUGGCUACGUACUGGUGGGUGGUGCAAUAUGCAUGGAACUUCUCACCAAGCAGGGCUGGAGCUCGGCCUACACGGUGGAGGCCGUUAUCAUGCAAAUAGCGGCAACACUAGUCAAGGGCAAGGCGAGGAUACAGUUCGGUCCGACAAAGUCUGUUUCGCAGGGUCAGUACAGCUUAGCUAGAGCGCAGCAGAGUUUCAAAUCGCUCGUGCAAAUCCACGAAAAGAAUGGCUGGUUUACGCCGCCGAAAGAGGACGGUUAAGGACGGUGGCGGGUUGUGGAGGUACCGUGCGUCCGUGGCGAUGCUGCAGCGGCAAGUUUUCAGGCAUAACGGCAGCUGCUGCGCUCCACUCGGUGUGAUCUCCCGACGUUGAGACGAUGGCGGUGGAGUGAGUGUAACGGCGAACGAAGACGAAGCAGCAUCAUCAAGAUCCGAUGACGAUCAAACAGUAAACAAACAAAAACAAA